GGGGCCGGUCCCUGGCCGCGCGAGGCACGCGGGGGGUGAGGGGCGGUCUCCGGCCCCGCCGGGCAGCCGGGUGCGGGCUGGGCCCGGGCGCCGGCAGCGGCGGUUGGCGGCGGGCGCUGCCGGCCGGGGGCGGGGGGCGGCGCGGCCGGCGGGGGCGGGGCGGGGCGGGGCCGCCGGCGGCGCAGUUUGUUUUGCUCCUUCCUGCAGGUGGUCCCGGCGCAACAUGGCCGCCGCCGGCCGCGGAGCGACCUGAGGGGCGGUGGGGGCUGCGGCCCCGCCAGGGCCGGCGGCCGCCCGCGGCCUGGGCAGCGCGGCGCGGCGCGGCGCGGAGAGGCGGGCAGCAGCCCCGGGAGAGGGCGCGGCGCUGCUGGAGGGAGGCGCGGUGUCAAGUGCGGUCUGCUCCUCCGGUCUCAUCGCGUCUGCUGGAGGACUGAAGAGAUCUGAGAAUGAGAUGUACUUACCAUGAAAGACCUGAAGAUCUUGGUAUACACAGAUAAACACAGCAUACACAUCAGAAGAUGGAUGUGAAGGCGGACUGGGACUCUGAGAAUAACAUGUGUGAAACAGGUGAGAAACGUUCAAAUUAUUUCAGACAGACCAAUAAACGGGUGGGCUACAAAUCUAUCCUCCAGAAGGAGGUAGACAUGAAUUACUCACAGAGAUCCACUCCUCAUUGCAACCCUGCUGGACCUUCAGGUAAACAGGAGCUUCCUGUAGAUUUGCAGUGUGAAGAUGAAGAGACCUGUGAGACCUACUACCAAAAACGAGGUGAGACUACAGCUGGGAUAUUUGUCACCUCCAGUACCAACUUUGACUUGCAGUGUGAAGAUGAGGAUUUAGAGAGCAGUUCCUCUAAGUGCUCCAAGAAACCACAGAGCAGGCUGUGUGAUGAUGCUGAAAACACUGUUCUUACUGAUGUUUUUGGUGAGGAGCUGGAGCCCAUCUCUGGGGAACCUUUGCCUUAUCUGUGCAAGAAGUGUGGUGCCUCUUUCCAGGGUAGGAGUGAGCUGCAGGAACACAAGCAAAUCCAUCUCGUGGAAAACUCCUACCGAUGUCCUGUCUGUGGCAAAGAGUUCUUCCGUGCUGCAAAUUUGCGAAUGCACAAGCUCAUUCAUUCCAGUGACAGGCCACAUAAGUGUCCAGAAUGUGACAAGGGUUUCAUCCGCACAGCUGAUGUCUGGAGGCACCUACGCAACGUACACAAGAUAGAGCGUUCCAUGGUGAUCUUAGGAAAUGGCAUGGCUAGGAACCCGUGGUCAGUAGUGCACCGUAACCAACACAGCGUGGAGUACACAGAUCAGCCUUGUGCAGAAAACCAAAAGUCUGAGGAAGAAGACUAUAAACCUUACGCCUGUCCGACAUGUGGUAAGGGUUUCGAUAAACCUAACCUGCUUUCCAAACACAAGGUGAUCCACCGACAGGACAAGCCUUAUAAAUGUCAAGAAUGUGGCAUGGCAUUCGUCCAGCUGCUCAGGCUGAAAAGACACCAGCAGACUCACUCUGGGGAGCGCCCCUUCUAUUGCGAGGAGUGUGGAGGGACGUUCACCCGGCUGGCAUCGCUCCAGCGCCAUCAGCGGAUCCACACUGGAGAGAAGCCCUAUUCUUGUGCUUACUGUGGUCAUUCCUUCACUGAGUCUGGAACCCUACGGAGGCACGAGCGUACGCACAAACUGGACAAAUCUUAAUAGUUAGUUCAUUGCGAUUAUGGUCGCCUUGAUUGCUUCUUACUUGAAUGAGGCCUGUCCAGCUGGGCUGAAGAGAGCACUCCAUCGCAUGCGCAACAGCCAGCCUGGAUCCCACUUCCUAGCAGUGGGGAAUGCUACAUCGUGGGGAGCUCUGCAACUUGUACUGACAGAGAUUGUGUUACCUGGCUUUAAACUGGCAUUGUAUGAAGAAAUAACUUCAUUACCGCUGUGUUUAUUAGCUGAACUGGAGGUGCAUCAGGUUGAGCUUUCUGCAGGCAUGUGUGGGCCAUGGGGCUUUCCUCUGCAGUCUUGGUCACCGAACAAACUGUCCCUGCUCUCUGGAGCAAGAUUGUUCUUCAGCACUGGGUUUGGAUACCUGUUGUUGCAGGUCUUUGCUAAGACAGAACAGUCCAGAGAUGACCACAUAUCCCUUCUGUCCACGCAUUCUGUUGAGUUUUUUCUUUUUAGUAGGUAUUUUUAUUUGAAGGGGAAGUAUCUUGUUAGUUAUUUUUUUUUAAAAAAAAGUUCCAUAAUAAAUUGAACCAUUAUCAGCUGUAUUUCAUAAAUGUUUUUAUCUAAGGGUGCACUGAUCCCUUAUGCACCUUCAUGUGAUUAGUUGAAUGACUGUUAAUGGUGGAAAGAGAGCUUUAUUUUGGCUAUGAUAGUGCCUGUUGUUGAGGUGGGGGAUUUGAACAGAUUUGUGUUCUGAGGGAACUGUGUGCUCUAACUCUGUCCAGCUGAGUAUUACAGUAGCAAAUUUUUGAAAACAUAAAACACAAGGAGCAGGAAAAAGAUGAAAUUUAAGUCACCUUUUGCUAAUCGUUUUAUAGGAAUCUUUUUGAUUUAAAAGUUUUUUUGGUUUUCUCAGAGAUAAGGAAAUAUCUCGUAGGAGGACUGUGUUUGAUUCAGAUGUUCUGUGAUGUGUACACAGGUGUCUGUGUGCUACCCAAAGUGUCUGCUGGACUCUUUGCUUUAAUUUGGACUCAAACAGUUAGUGGAGAAGGAUUCCCUCAGAAACUAGCUCUCCAGAUUUGGGCAGAUGUUGCCAAAUACCCAGACUAUAGCUUCUGAAGACGUAUGUGUUGCCUCAGUUAUGGCAGUGGGAUUUUUACAUUUGAAACUUAAUCAUGACACUUAAAAUAGUCUACAGUUAAUCACUGUAGUAGAAUCAACCAGUUUGUCCUUAAGUCACAGCCCUGGUUUCCUUUCAGUGUCAGAAAACUUUGCUUCCUCCCGCUGCCAGCUACCAUAAUUUCACUAAUUUCUUUCUAAUGAGUUGUGCCUUUUCAGCAUGAAGUUCUGCAGCACACUGAAUGUUAAAAUUGGGGGUAAUGUACCUUUACAUUUAGUACCGGGCUGUUUAAUGUAAAGUACUGACUGUGUUUGCAUAUUUAAUAGAGUAAAAAAUAACUGUUGCGUUCCCCUGGA